CGCAGUGGAAGCGGAGGCAGCAUCCUUGUACCGAGAGCCCGAGGGUCCUGUGCAGCCAGCCCGUCACCCUGGAGUCCCUGCCCAGUGCCAUCAUCAGGAGGGAGAUCUCCAGAUCCUACCAGGAGUUAGGUGAAGAGUUAGAACAGAGUGCGGAGGAUGCGGAGACUCUGGAGGAUGUGGAUGAAGAACAGGAAGACCUGGAGGAGCCCAACUCCGAUCCUCUGCCAGAGCGGGAGUUGGACAGGUCCUCCAUGCGGUUCAGCAGGACGUGUUUGAAGAACGUGUUCUCGGUGCUGCUAAUCUUUGUCUAUCUGUCGCUCAUGGCUGUCGCCGUCUUCCUGGUCUAUCAGACCAUAACUGACUUCAGGGACAAGCUAAAACACCCCGUCAUGUCCGUCUCCUACAAAGAGGUCGACGUGUAUGAGGCUCCCGGUAUAGCCAUUUAUCCAGGAAAAGCUCGGCUCCUGAGCUGUGAGCAUCAUCUGUAUAACCAUAUUCCACCACUAAAAGAUCCGGGACAGCCGGGGAAGAAUAAUUGCAUCACUCAGACCAUGAACUACACCGAUCCCUUCACCAACCAGACUAUGAAGCACGCCCUUAUUGUUAAAGGGCCGCGGGAAGUGUGGAAGAGAGAACUGGUUUUCCUGCAGUUCCAUCUGAACGAAACUGAACAAGACUUCAGCGCCAUUGACUAUCUGCUCUUCUCUUCCUACAAGAACUUCCUAGCCAGUGACAACAAGACAAAAUUCAUGCAGGACUGCGAGAGCUCCUUCUCUAGCUGGAAAUUCUCUGGGGGGUUCCGGACUUGGGUGAAAAUGUCCUUGGUAAAGACGACUGAGGAGGACGGGAGCCAGUCGGUGGAGUUCAAGCAAGAGACCAGUUUCGUCAACUACAUUGAUCGGAGGCAGGUGACGCAAAAGGGAGACCAGUUAUUCUUUGUGGUUUUUGAAUGGAAGGAUCCGUACAUCCAAGAGAUUCAGGACAUCAUAGCUGCCAACCCCUGGAGCAUGAUCGCGCUGCUCUGCGGAGUCUUCCUGGUUUUAUUUAAAGCUGCAGACUUUGCCAAACUCAGCGUGAAGUGGAUGAUCAAAAUCCGCAAGCGGCACCUGAAGAAGCGGGUGCGGGAGCUUAACCACAUAAGCUGAACCAGGACGCCACUUUGUUAUGGUCUGGGCAUCGAUGGAGCUGCUGGACCAGCGUCUGGACAAUGCCCCUGAACUUAUUCUUUGUCUUGAUUAAUAUAGGAAUAGCAGAUUUUCAGGGGGCCUGUGCCGCCAUUACUCCGUAGAUGUGAACGGUAGGAAUGUUUUCUACAUUUAGUUGUGGUGUCGGACCACCGUAGGGGAAGACAGUGAAAAUGUCUUUGAAUCUCUAGAGAAACCUCACUAAAGGUCUAUGGUUCUUGGUGGUGUGAAAAAAAAAAAAAAAAGUAACAAAAUUGGAUUUAGGGACUAUUUAAAGCAACUUCCUAGUAUAAACCUGUGUUUAUAGGGGAUUUCUGCUGCGCCAUUAAACGCUGCUGUAGAAUAGCGGCUGCACAGGGGAUUGUGCAACCACAGGUCAGGUGCCCGCCGUCAAAGAUAGCGAGGCACCCAGAGGAGUAGGCAGAUUUUUUUGCCUGUUUCGUCAGGGGCAUAUAUAUAUAUUCUUUUUACCAUUCUGCCUGCUCCAUCUCUACAUACACAGCACACAAUGACCGCCGUGUAUACAGUAGUAGCAGCAGCGCCUCUGCUGAUCCUGGCGAUCACAUGAUCCACAGCGCAAGUAAAUUGUGUGAUACCGUCAAGUUAUCACAGUUGCUUUUGUAAACGGGACUGUUAGGAUAACCCUGGUUAGGGUUUGUUCUCACUAAGCUGAUUUGCUGCACAUUUUCGGUCCGAAUUUGCAGGAAAAAAUUCUGCAGCAUUUUACAGUAGCUGCAAAGUGGAUGAGUUUGUAACAAAUGUCAUCCUCGCGCUGUGGGGGAAAAAAUCUGCUCUGCAAGUGCAGAUUGUAAGUUCGCGGCGUGUCAAUUCAUUCUGCUGAUAUUCAGCCUUUGCAAUGUACUGGUGCAUCUCAAUAAAUUAGAAUAUCAAAAACUUUAUUUAUUUUAGUAAUUCAGUUCAAAAAGUGAAUCUUGUGUAUUCUACAUGUUCAUUACACACAGAAGGAUGUAUUUCAAGCGUUUUUUUUCUGUUAGUGUUGAUGAUUAUGGCUUACAGCUAAUGAAAACCCAAAAGUCAGUAGCUCAGAAAAUUUGAAUGUUAUAUAAGAGCAAUUAAAAAAUAUAUUUUUAAUACAGAAAUGCUGACCCACUGAAAAGUCUGUACAGUAUACACUCUCAAUACUUGGUCGGGGCUCCUUUUGCAUGAAUUGCGCAUCAACGCGGCGUGGCCUGGAGGCGAUCAGCCUGUGGCACUGCUGAGGUGUUAUGGAAGCCCAGGUUGCUUUGAUAGAGCGUUGUUGGGUCUGGGGUCUCUCGUAGAUUGUCUGUGGGGUUUAGGUCAGGCGAUUUUGCUGGCGAAUCAAGCCCAUUGAUAAUGUGGUUAUUAAAUCAGGUAUUAGUACUUUUGGCAGUGUGGGCAGGUGCCAGGUCUAGCUGGAAAAUUAAAUCCGCAUCUCCAUAUAGCUUGUCAGCAGAAGGAAGCAUGAAGAGCUCUAAACUUUCCUAGUAGACGGCUGCGCUGACAUUGGACUUGAUCACACAGUGGACCCAAAACACCAGCAGAUGACAUGGCUCCCCAAACCAUCACUGACUGUGGAACUUCACAUGGACCUGAAGCAGCUUGGACUGUGCUCGUCUCCACUCUUCCUCCAGACUCUGGGACCUUGAUUUGCAAAUGAAAUGCAAAAAUUACUUUCAUCUGAAAACAGGACUUUGGAGCUCUGAGCGACAGUCCAGUCUUUCUUCUCCUUUAGCCCAGGUAAGAGUCUUCUCAAAUUGUCUCUGGGUCAUGAGUGGCUUGACACAAGGAAUGUGACAGUUGUAGCCCAUGUUCUCUAUACGUCUGUGUGUGGUGGCUCUUGAAGCACGGACUUCAGCCGCAGUCCACUCCUUGUCAAUCUACCUCAAAUUCUUGAAUGGCCUUAACUUGACAAUCCUUUCAAGGCUGCAGUUGUCCCUAUUGUUUGCAACUUUUUCUACCACACUUUUUUUUUUUUUUUUCCUUCCACUCAACUUACCAUGAAUAUGUUUGGAUACAGCAGUAUAGGAACAGCCAGCUUCUAUAGCAAUGACAUUGUGUGGCUGUCCCUCCUUGUGGAGGGUGUCAAUGACUGUCUUCUGGACAACUGUCAAGUCAGCAGUCUUCCCCAUGAUUGUGUAGCCUACUGAACCAGACUGAGGGACAAUUUAAAGGCUUAGGAAACCUUUUCAGGUGUGUUGUGCUGAUUACAGUGGGACAUCAUGAGUGUCAUAUUGAACUUUUCCACAAUAUUCUAAUUUUCUAAGAUAUUGACUUUUGGGUUUUCAUUAGCUGUAAGCCACAAUCGUCAACAUUAAAAGAAAUGUUUGAAAUAGAUCACGCUGUGUGUAAUGAAUCUGUAGAAUAUGAGUUUUCCUUUUUUGAAUUAAAUUUCUAAAAUUUAGUUUUCGAUGAUUUUCUAAUUUAAUGAGAUGCACCUGUACACACUGGUGUCGGCAACCUCCGGCGUUCCAGCUGUUGAGAAACUACAUCUCCCAGAAUGCUUCACUUGCGUCUGUGGGAGUUAGAAGAAGAGCCGAUCAUGUUUGCAUGCUGGCAGUUGUAGUUUCACAGCAGCUGGAGUGACAAAUGCUACUGAUCCCUGGUAUAGGGAGAUGACCGCAACAGAAUUAAGGACAUGUAAGAGAAAUAGGCAGUGUAAAAAUAAGUAAAUCUGUGAUUUUUAUUUUUUUUUUGAUUUUUUUUUUUUGUCUUUUUGACAAUCUGAGUUACAAACUAAAACACAAAAAAUACAGAAAAUGAACAUAAAACAAAAGAGGUAGAAUAAUUAUAUUAAAAUAAUAAAAAUUUAUUAUGUCCUGCCAACGUGUUCGACUUCCCCAUCCAGACACAAUUCCACUAACUAGGUCAUGAUCUGUCAAAAUAAAUGUUACACUGUAGCAAACAAAAAUAUAAAAUUGACAUUUAUGAUACUGAUAAUUAAUUGAAAGUUUGCUUUUUAAAUUGAUAGAAUCUUGAAAUUGUUUUUACUCUGACACUAAAAAAACUGUGUAAAAUGAUUUUUUUUUUUUUUAAUAUCCCCAGUGUGUCAUAGACAAAAAAAAUCAUCUUAUAACAUAAAAACAUAAAUGUACACUCGUUUAACCAACACAAAUAGGAAAUGGCCAAAAAUGGCUCGGUGAUUAAAGCACAAUGUCACUAAGGGGUUAAAACAAAAUAGGUAAAAACUUCAGUGCUAAUUAAUUCAUAAUAUAUCUUUAUGGGGAUCCAUUACUUUGUUACAGAGUUCAACCCUUUCCUGAUUGAGCAAUUUUCUUUUUCUUUUUUUAAUUUUUUACUCCAUGUCUCCCCGGAGCCAUAACUUUUUUAUUUUUUCGAUCACAUAGCCGUAUGAGGGCUUGUUUUUUGCGGGACAAGUUGUACAUUCUAGUGGCAUCAUUUUUAAUAUUGCAUAGGAUGUAGUGGGAAGCUUGAAAAUAAUACCAAUUUUGGGUGGAAUUGGGGAAAAAAAGAUUCCACCAUAGUUUUUGUUUUUACGGCUUUCC